GAGCCGCUGUUUCCUGCCCGUGUGGUGUACGACUUGCUGUUCUACUUCAUCGUCAUCAUCAUCGUCCUCAACCUGAUCUUCGGCGUCAUCAUCGACACGUUUGCCGACCUGAGGAGUGAGAAACAGAAGAAAGAAGAGAUCCUGAAGACGACGUGUUUUAUCUGCGGUUUGGAGAGAGACAAGUUUGACAACAAGACGGUGUCGUUUGAAGAGCACAUAAAACUGGAGCACAACAUCUGGAACUACCUGUACUUCAUCGUCCUGGUGCGCGAGAAGAACAAGACGGACUACACGGGACCCGAGAGCUACGUCGCCCACAUGAUCAAAAACAACAACUUGGACUGGUUCCCGCGGAUGCAGGCGAUGUCUCUGGUGGUAACCGAGGGCGACGGGGAGCAGAACGAGAUGAGGAUGUUACAGGACAAACUGGCAGCAACAAUGAAGGUGGUAACGACACUGACCACUCAGCUGACUGAGCUCAAAGAACAGAUGACGGAGCAGAGGAAGAGGAGGCAGAGAAUGGGAUUUGUCGACGUCCAAGCGGGGGCGAGCGCUGCGCUGCCUCCGAGUGCCGCCGGAGGAAACCACCAGAUCUACAAAACAUAAAGACUGCUGAUGAUCAGACAUAAAAGACACGAAUAGACUGACUGUUCACUACAGGACGCACAUCUGUUAACCAUACAGCUGGACUGAUGGACUGUUUCAAGGAGAAAAUCCUUCACAUGGUUAUUGUAAAGAAAAACACUAGGAAAAAACUGUAAAUUAUGCAACUGAUAGACUGUAUAUCUCACUAAAAGCACAUGAACCUUUACUUUUGAACGUUAGGCUAAUCCAGAGUGAGUGAGAUCUGCCGUCGCUGAUGGACCAGAUGACCACCAUUACUUUAUAAGAACGGACGUUUUAGCAUCUCGGCUAAAUCCACUUAGGUUUAUGACUUAAUUCAUCUUAAAAUAUUGCUCUUAAGCACAAAAGACCUGCGUGUGUACAAAUUAGAAACAUUUUUAUAAUCUUAAAUUUGUCUGCAAAUAUUUACUAAAAAUCAGCGCUUUUAUUUACCCAAGUACUAAAAGUUAUAAAUAAAAUAUUGACUAGUGUAAUUUAUGACUAAGAAAAACAGUGCAAAAGAUUUCCUACACCCAUGGAAAUGAUGGCUAAAAAAACCUUAUAAAAUCUGGAGAGAGAAUCAAAGUCUAAGGCUUCGUGGUUGGAGGACUACAAGAUAUUCAAUGUUAUAGAAAAAUGCUAGAAUGUGCGCAUGUAUGUGUGUGUGCUCAGAGAAUAACAAGACAUCAACUUACUUUUAGUCAAUCUUAAGGAGAUGUAAACAGACUGACGUGCAGCAUUGUUUUGCUGAUGACGGAAUUAACUAUUUCAGUAAUAACUUUCUGUUUGAAUGUAAAUUAAGUUGAAUCCAGAUGUGCGUUUUCGUUUUUUUUUCUACUGUACAUCUGGGGAAAUUGUAGUUUUUAAGUAAUACAUAUUAUGGUUUAAUAAUGACAUAUUUAUGGAGAGAGCAGCUCCGUUUGUUUUCAACACUGUAAGUAGCUCAGUGCAAACACUGGAUCAUGAGUGAGCUGCUUUUAGCUAAAGUUUGUGAGAGAUUUUCUUCUUCUUUUUUUCUAAUAGGAGCAGACGGGUACACAGAGUGAGGAGAGGGGCAGUGUAAUGAAAAAAGCACGUCUUCAAAAUAAAUGAAAUAUUAACGAUGAAAAA